AUGGGUGUGUGUGCACAUGAAUUUGCGGGUGACGGGUUUUUGGUAGCUCUUGGGUACGAACGGAACGAGUCGGAGAUGUCGAUACCAUUGACGGCAUUGUUGCCGCACUCUGACCGUUUAUUGACGACGGUGUCUGGUGCGUAUGGGGGUUGUUUGCAGGGUGCUAUGAAUGUGCCUCGGUUGCGUGUCGUAUGCGAAGAUUCGAUAAUGCACCGUUUACUAAGCAAGUUGCACGUCUUUGAACGUUGGCCGGAUGGGGUGCGAUUGGUUGUGAGUCAGAAGUGUAGUAGAUGCGAGCCGUUUAGUAUCGAUAUGAGUCCGGUGGCGACAUCGAGUGAUGCCAAGUCUUAUCGAUUUCCAUACUCCAGUGCGAUGUGUGACAGUGUGCUGAAAGUACUGGAACAUGGUGCAAGCACGCGUCAAGAUAACGUUGACUGGGAUCUCGUGAAACGCGAGAUGCCUACCGCCAUGAGUUCCGAACCCGUACAACUGAGUCAACCGAUCAACAAUACUGGCAUCUGCAAAUCCAUCGAACCCUUGGUUAACCAUGCACUCGACGUGCUCACCUUCCAACCCACCUACCAUACCUGCACACAGACCGGAGAUGUCCUAGUCGUCAUAGACAUCGCUGACCGCCUCAUUAAUAUUGCCAUCACCGACGCCAACGCGGACGAACCCUCAGACGAUGCCCUCAUCACCCUUUCCAGCGUCGCCUAG